AUGUGGGAAUUCGACUUUCUGGGUGAGCUACCCUCGGAGACUCCCCGAGUCAUUGCAAGUACAGUGAAAGCCAUCCAGUCCGCCGUACGUCGCAAUAGUCAUCAUCCUUACAUCGUCAUUGAGCACAUCGGCCCACAGAUUGUGGAAAGACUGGUCGACUCUCCCCACCUACGUGUCGCGAAAUCGUCCAAGAUCUUUUACGACGAGAAUCUGAGAAAGUUGAUCAUCAAGGCACCAUCCGUCAUCCAUGAGACAGCCAGCAGGGCCUUUAACCGAAUACUUGACGGCCAUCUCCGUUUCCAUGGCCUGACUGAAGAGGUGAGGUUCAUUGGGUCGGGGAAGGUGAGAGAUGGCGGCUACGCAAAGGAGCCUGAUGAGUCUUAUUACCCCCUCCGGGUGAUACCAGUCCGUGACAUGAAGUGGCCUACGGUCGUAUUGGAGGUUGGAUACUCUGAGUGUUUCAGUCGGCUCAGACUCGAUGGUCGGUGGUGGCUAGGCCGUUCGGGUGGUCUUGUCAAGGUUGUCAUCCUUCUCUCUAUUGACCGGUCUCGCCCCCGCAUAGUUAUCGAAAAAUGGGAAACCGUGGCUCCGGCCCACAGCUAUCAUCUUCGUUCUCAAUCACCAUCGCCACAAUUAACAGCGGAAGUAACUGUGACUCUCGUGAACGAUGACCAUGUCACUACAGGAGCGCCGCUUGCCAUCUGUGUCGAUGAUUUAUUGAUGUACCCUGUUCCCAUCGGUGUCACUUUUCAAUUCGAUGACCGCGAUCUUAUAAGUUUGGCAAGGGCCAUCUGGAUGGAGCAGCAGUUUGUUCAGAGGCCUCAACUGAGAUGCUUACUGUGCUUUCGUGGGCAGCCAAACAGGGUCAUCGUGAAAUGA